AUGCAGGAUUACGAAGACUCCGUUGCUUUUCUGGGCCAGUGGGGACGUUUCCAGCAGGUCGUCUUCUUCCUGCUCUGUUCCAGCAUUCUGCCCAAUGGAUUCGGUGGUUUCUCUGUGGUCUUCUUGACUGACGCUCCUCGUCACCACUGCCUGGUUCCUGAAGUCAACUUGACUCAAGACUGGAGCAACGCCGUCAUCCCGAUAGAGCAGCUGAGCAGAUGCAGCAGGUUCAGGCUGGACGUGGUCAGAAAUCUCUCUGCUCAGGGAUUGGUUCCUGGCCGGGACGUCAACCUCACGGACCUGGAGCAGGAGGGCUGUGUGGACGGGUGGAGCUACAGCAGAGACGUGUACCAGUCCACCAUCGUCUCGGAGUUUGACCUGGUGUGUCGAGAGCAGUGGAAGCAGCCGUUCACCUCAACAGUUUUCUUACUGGGAGUUCUUGUUGGAUCCUUCUUCUCAGGACAGCUCUCGGACAGGUUUGGAAGAAAGCCUGUUUUCUUUGGCACAAUGGCACUUCAGACAAUAUUUUCUUUUUUUCAACUCUUUUCUACUUCAUGGAUUGUGUUCGCCAUCCUCGCCUUCAUCAACGGAAUUGGACAGAUCUCCAACUAUGUGGCUGCUUUUGUGCUGGGCAAUGAGAUCUUGACAGGCGAUGUACGGGUCCUGUUCUCAUCUCUGGGUGUGUGUCUGGGGUUUUCCAUUGGCUACAUGAUGCUGCCUCUUUUUGCUUACUUCUUAAGGGGCUGGAAAUCUCUCCUGCUGGCUAUCUCUCUGCCUGGCCUGCUCUACAUACCGCUGUGGUGGUUCAUCCCAGAGUCUCCUCGUUGGUUGCUCUCUCAGGGAAGAGUGGAGGAGGCCGAGAGCAUCGUGAGAAAGGCUGCUAAAUGGAACAAGGUUCAGGCUCCACUGGUCAUCUUUGAAGAUUACGACAUACAUGUUGAUGAGACGAAGACACACCUGAAGGAACAGCACAAUGUCUUCAACCUGGUGAAGACAAAAAACAUCAGAAACACGACGGCCAUUCUGUGCCUGGUGUGGUUCACUUUGAGUUUGGGAUACUAUGGCCUGUCCCUGAACACAUCCCAACUUCAUGCUAACCCCUACAUCAGCUGCUUCCUCUCAGCAGCUGUAGAGGUACCAGCAAACAUUUCCGUCUGGCUGGCGCUGCGAUACUUCCCACGGCGGCUUUCUGUUAUUUCUAUUCUGCUCGUUGGAGGAUUGUCGCUGUAUUUCCUUCAACUGGUGCCUGAAAGUUUAUCAGAACUGGCUGUUGCUCUGGAGAUGGUGGGUAAAUUUGCCAUGACCGCUGGUACAUCCCUGAAUUUUGCCUACACUGCAGAGCUUUACCCAACAGUGCUCAGGAACACAGCGACAGGGACGUGCAGUGCUUUUUCCAGAGUGGGCAGCUCACUUGCACCUUUUCUGUCACAGCUAAGUGCAUACUUUAAGUUCCUGCCUUAUAUUGUCAUGGGGACUCUGGCUGUUGUGUCUGCCUUUGCUGUGCUCUUCCUUCCAGAGAGUUUAGGACGACCUCUACCUCAAACUAUUCAACAGAUGCAUGAAAGAGAAAGGUGGGUUCCUUAA